AUGUAUGAAGAGAACACAGGUUUCGAUCAAACCUGCAAUUUGCACCAAGGAGAUGGAUUUCCCCAAUCCCAAAGCCCUAAUUUCCCGAUUCACGACCAGCACGAACCCGCGGCGGCGGCCGCCGCCCUCUCCGCCAUGGAAAUCGAGCUUCAGAACCAGAUCGCCGUGGAGAUGGAGCACUGCUACACCACCGCCGCCAGCACCGCCGAGAUCCAGCAGAUCGUGCAGGAGAUGAGCGGCUUCGGCGCCGACUACCCCCAAAACGGCCACUUCGCCGCCGCCUCCUCCACCGCACACCACGACCUGCUCAACAUUUUCCCACCUCCUCCGCCGUCCUUCUGCUCAACCUUCUCCGGCCCGACCCACCGGAAAUCCCCAAGCUUCCUGGCCUCGCUCGGGCUCCUGGGUGACCUCAACAACCCGACGGCCGACGUAUCGGGGCCCGGCGGCGCGUACGACCCACUGCCCCUGAAUCUGCCGCCGCAGCCGCCGAUGCUCAGGGAUCUGUUCCACUCCGGAGGCGCCGGAUCUUUCUUCGGUGGGGUGGUGGACGAGAGGGAUAUCGGGGGCGGCGGUGGAGGGGUUUUUUACCCGGCCGGAGAAAAUGGGGUCUUUGAGUUUGCCGCCGCCGGCGAGAUGGAUUGUCUCGGUAAAAACCGAGACAGUAAAGGGGACACCAAGCAUUUUGCGACGGAGAGGCACAGGAGGGUGCUUUUGAACGACAAAUAUCAAGCUCUCAGAAAAUUGGUCGCUAAUCCCACUAAGAACGACCGAGCCUCUAUUGUCGGGGACGCAAUCGACUACAUAAACGAGCUGAAAAGAUCAGUGGCUGAGCUCAAGCUUCUUGUGGAGAAAAAGAGGUGUGCUAGAGAAAGGCUCAAGAGGCUCAAAACAGAAGACAAUCAUGAUCAUGCCAAUAAUAAUAACAACAAUACGGAGAAUGAUACGAAGCCACUUGUCGACAUGGAUCAUCCUUGCAACGGGUCGGGCCUUCGAAGUUCGUGGCUUCACAGGAAAUCCAAGAACACUGAAGUUGAUGUUCGGAUCAUAGACGACGAGGUUACGGUUAAGGUUGUUCAACAGAAGAGGAUUAAUUGUCUGCUCUUCGUGUCUAAAGUUUUAGACGAGCUUCAACUCGAUUUACAUCAUGUUGCCGGUGGACUUAUCGGUGAUUAUUACAGCUUCUUGUUUAACUCCAAGAUUUGUGAAGGUUCAAUUGUGUAUGCAAGUGCCAUAGCUAACAAGCUUAUUGAAGUUGUGGAUAAACACUAUGCAGCAGCUGAUGCACGCACAUUCUUCGAUAAACUGUCUAAACGAAGCACUGUAACCUGGAAUUCUCUGCUCAGUGGGUAUGUCGGACGGCGGAAGAUUGCAAAUGCUCGGUUACUGUUCGAUGAAACGCCUUGGAAGGAUGUUGUGUCGUGGAACUUGAUGAUUUCAGGUUACCUUUCCUGUCGGCAUGUGGAGGAAGGUAGAGACCUGUUUGACAAAAUGCCCAAGAGGGAUUUUGUCUCAUGGAAUACCAUGAUUAGUGGGUAUGCAAAAAAUGGGAGGAUGGGUGAUGUUGUGAGGCUGUUUGAGAGUAUGCCGAAAAGGAAUACGGUCACUUGGAAUGCUAUGAUCACAGGAUGGAGGAGAGUCGAGACACUGACGUGGAAUAUUGUGAUUAGUGGUUAUGUUCUUGCAUUUGAUAUGAAGGCCGCCUUGAAGCUAUUUUCUGAAAUGAAAUCUCCUGAUGUCUUGUCGUGGAAUUCAAUAAUCUCGGGCUUUGCGCAGGUGGGUAAUAUGGAGGCCGCGCUUGAAUUUCUCCAUAGAAUGCCCGGGAAGAAUCGAGUUUCAUGGAACACCAUAAUUGCUGGAUACGAAAAAAAUGGAGGCUUCAAUGAAGCAAUCGAGCUGUUCGUUCACAUGCAAGCCCAAGGAGAGGAGAAACCCGACCGGCACACUCUGUCUUCACUUCUCAGUAUGUGUGCUGAAACGGCAGAUCCGCAUCUUGGCAUGCAAAUUCAUCAAUUGGUAACGAAGACGGUUAUUCCAGACACCCCUCUGAAUAAUUCCCUUAUCACCAUGUACGCAAGAUGUGGAGCAAUAUCCGAAGCAAAUACCGUAUUCAACGAGAUGGAAUCACGAAAGGAUGUCAUCUCUUGGAAUGCUAUGAUAGGCGGUUACGCAUCCCACGGUUUUGCAAAAGAGGCUAUCGAACUUUUCGAGCCGAUGAAGCGUUUCAAAGUGAAACCGACUUACAUCACAUUCAUAUAG